AUCAUUUUGGCUAGGAAGGCUUUCUUUUCUAUCACUGUCGUUCCUAGUUUAUAUAAAAACUGAGACGUUUCAUGACGAAAACACGUUCACUGCGAUGAGAAGGAGAGAGAGAGAGAGAGCGAGAGAGAGAGAGAGAGAGAGAGAGUUGGUUAGUACGAAUUUACGGCUAAGAAACAACAUUAAUUUCUAAAGCCUUACAGAUGUAGGUGUGGGCGUAAAGAUGGAAGACUUACAGGAAGAGGGAACAAAAUAUUCAACUCCGGUUUGGUUUUCGUCAAAGUUAAAACUUUUCGACACUUGGAACAACUGCCAAAACAUUGUAGAGCGUCGCGGACAAUAUCGACAAUCGUUUUGAAAACCAAAAUGCGUCAGAGAGGACACUAGAACGUCUCGACAUUGAGUUCUCGUUUCCACAGCUUCUGGAGCCUGGUCCUCCCACUGACUGCACUCCACCAGGACCUCCGGAACAGACAUCAGCGAUGCUGGCAGCGAGCAUCUUGCGCCGAAGCUUCUCCUCCCACCGCCUCGGUAAAAAUGUCACCUACAUGACUGAGCACAUCAAGCCUGUGCUGGGGGCUCACGCCUGCGGGGACCAUAAACCUCUAACACUCCUGCUACCGUGGUUGGGAGCGCGUCCCCAGGCCGUGGCCAAAUACUGCGAAAUCUACCUCCACGCCGGGUUUGAUGUGCUCGUAGUUGAGAGUGAGGUACAAGAAUUCCUGUGGCCUCGCUGGAGUUUGCAGCACGGGAAGAAGCUGCUGGAUUUGUUGCACAGCGAGCGCUUCGCAUCGCGGCCGCUGCUCGUCCACGCCUUCUCCAUCGGCGGCUUCACUUUCUCACAGCUGCUAGUGCUGGUGUCCGAGGAUCCGCAGAAAUACGAGGCGCUCACGGGGAGGAUCAAAGGACAAAUCUAUGACAGCCUGGUGGUGGGGUCCCUGGAGUUGAUGGCUUCAGGUGUGGCCAAGAUUGUGUUUCCUCGCUGGGAGACGCCGGUGAAACAAAUGAGCCUGCUCUACUUGAAUGCCUUCAAGCGCCAAACCAUCGACUACUACAACAGGAGUACCAAAGUGUUCUGGAACUCUCCCGUCACCGCCCCCGCGCUCUUCUUCUACUGCGACAACGAUCCGCUGAGCAACCCGCUCGCGCUAGAGGAGUGCAUUGACUUCUGGCGGGGGCGCGGCGUGGCACUUACCGCGAAGAAGUGGGAGCACUCCAAACACGCCGGCCACCUGAAGAUACAUCCGCAAGAGUACGUGGACACUCUGGAAUCGUUCCUCCGCUCGCUCCAUAUUGUUCCGCUCAAGGCCAAGAUGUAGCAGUGAAAAAAUUACUUUCCUGAUUUCAAACUUCGCCAAAGUACUGUGACUUACUGUUAGAUAAAUUGUAGAAGUUAUCAUUUAUUUGCUUUGCUUGCAUUAGUAUAAUGGACAAUUUUAGAUGUCUCGCCUUCAAAAAGAAGACUCAGCAUCAUCCGAUGGAAGGGCGCCUGGACCAAGGACGUGAUCGGAUGUGGUCGGGUCGUGACAGGUGUUGGUUCAAUAUUAUGUGUUGUGUCUUAUUACUUAGAAUACUAUGUCUGGGAAAAACCCUCUUAUUAUCAAAUAUUUUGUGUUGUGUCUUAUUGCUUAGAACAUUAUGAUUUGUAAAUCCCUCCUAUUUCAAAUAAAAGCAGGAGCGAGGGGGGGGAUUGUUUAGAGCGUGUUGAGAGGCUGUGAUCUGAACAAUCUCCCAUACGCCCUCCUCAUGAGAAAAAGAAACCAGCGUCUUCAUUCCUUUUGUGUCUAUUUUUUAUAAUGUUGGGUAAGAUAAAUCCAACAUUAAAUUGGUCCUUCGAGCCGGAUGUCAACACACCCGAGGAUUCCAGUUGUGGAGCCGACUUCCAGUUAAGAGACCGUGGCCACGGCAAGUAAGACCCUUUUACGGGACUGGUCUUCGUCCUCCUCAACUGGGAUCUGAAGGUUGACGACAAUCCACAGGAUUGAAGACGAGUGGUGAGUUAAAUUUUUAAAAAAAAAUUUUGGGAAAAAAGGAUUAAAGAGUGAGUGAAUUGCGCGACGAAGAAGUCUGCGGCAGAACAAACCUUGUGUAAUACUAGUCACUGGCAAGUGGUCAAGAUGGACGACGGAAUCCGAUAAAAUCCGUGGGGACGGCGGGGUCCUGUACGUACUUAAAUUCCGUAUUUCUGUGUUUCUGUGUUUCCGUGUUUUCGUGUGUUUAUAAAAACGUUAUUAAUAUCGUGUGUAUGUGUAAAAGUAUGAAUGUAUAAGACGGGAUUGUAAGUGACAACUGAGUUUGGAAGCAAAGGCAAGAAUUCUCCGCCCCAAUUAGGGUAGAAGCUUGAGAAUUACCAAAACUCAGACAUUUAUUGUCACCCUGUCAUUUUUGAAUAAAGUCAGUAUUUAGGUCACUCUAGGUGCAAAUGAACUGACUUCCAAAUUCACAAAAAUGGGAAUAAAUAACAGUAAACCGGAUCAAAAAAUAGACCUAACGUGUGAAGAUUGGAAAUAUGUUCAACUACAAAACCAUUUCAAAAUAGAAGAUUUAAACACGUGGAUAACCAAAUACGGUUUCGCUGGCCAGCUAAAUUCGCAAAAAAUAGUUCAACUUCAAAACGAAAUAAAGUGUCGACACAAAAAUGAUAUAUCACAAAUACAAAAAGAUGGAUUUGACGACUUACUCUUCUGGUUAAACUGGACUAAUGAGGAUGUGAAAAAGGCCGUAGCCGGCAUCACACCUUAUCAACAACAGUUAAAAAAUGCUUUACAUGCGAAUUCGAAAGAACACAUUAACAGAUGGGUAGAUAAACAUUGGAUAAACCUAGCAACUGGCCCUCUGGAGGAAUAUGUUAAUCAUGCCCUCCACGCAGAAAGAGUGUUAGACAAAAAACAAAAAGAGAAGAUAGAUGUCUUCCUCGACGAAGAAGCAGAAAUAUACUAUCAAGGCAGAGAGAGAGAUAAUUUUAGAGGACACGGCAGAGACCGUGGGAGAGUAAGAUAUGGUAGAAAUCGAAAUUAUUAUGAUAAUACCAUCUGUUGGUGCUGUGGAAACAAAGGCCACAUUGCACGUGAAUGCCCUAAAAAAGAAAAAAAGAAAAGAGAAUACGGACAAACUACUGCAUGACUAGGCCAGCCUGCUUCCCAACUCAACAAAUCCUCUUGUGUAAACAUUACAGAGAAUGAGGAGGUGGAUUUCAAUUUACAGGACAUUCUGAGUUUGGACACUGAAAAACCUGAAAUAACCUUGUAGAAUGCCCAUUUUCGAAGUCCCGGAGUGCCCUGUGAAUUUGUUGGGAAGAGACGGCUUAUUCCAACUAGGACUUGUACUCAAACAUGAAUUAAACAUAAAUUAAAAAGAGAGGACCUCGAUGUAACACUGGAAAACAGAGAAAGUACAUUCUAUUACACAAUCGAUAUCCCAGACAAACCACAGUUAAACAUGGGAAAGGCCCUGUUGUCUGCAGCCUUGCAGCUUAUCACAA